UGCCAAUUCUGUCGCGUGUCAUUAGUCGGUUCGACAACACGCUAGGCGCAAACUGUCUGGCGAAAACGUGCUUAUUUUUUUUAUUGGUUACUAUUUGGCGGCAAAGAUGACAGAAGACUAUCACCACGUUGUGACAAGAAUGGAGGAUAUUACAGAACAGGACGACAGACAUCUUGCGGGGGCGAGGAAGGAAAUAAGGAAUGAUUUGACAAUAAUAAUUCCAGAAAACCCAUUUCCUGACGAAUUAGUAGAUGCGUACCCUCCUUUAAAAUUUUCGUGGGUGAUACCAAAAAAAUUGGCCGCGAUGGCGUUUCCAAGGCAUAAAGAAAACUUACAGUUUCUGUUAAAUCAGGGUAUCACGCAUUUGGUCACGUUGACGAAGGAUAAAAAACCACCAGUUGAUGAGGUCCCGAGGUUGCGGUGGACAGAAAUACCAGUGGAGGAGUUCGAAUUGCCAACGGUUGACCAAAUUGAAACGUUUAUCAACAUUUGUAAGAAGGCGGAUAAAAAUGGAGAGGUUCUUGGGAUCCACUGCCGCCAGGGCAGAAGUCGGUGUGGCGUGAUGCUGGCCAGUUACUUGGUACACUUCCACCGGUUCGACCCUGACCAAGCGCUCAAUGUAAUCCGGAUGAUUCGACCGGGGUCAUGCGAUUUCUACGACCACGAAGAGGCGGUAGGAAAAUAUUACGAAAAACUAACGGAGAACAAUCCCCUCCACUUCGGAGUCAGCGGAGAGGUUAUGGAAGAGUUUAUGGAAGCUGCUAAAGAAUACACGAAGAAAUCGCUUUAGUUUUACGUUUUUGUACCUGAAUUGUAAGGCACCUCUAAGAUGAAUUACGAAUUUACAAAGACUGGCAAGGUGGUGUAAAUUCCUCUGGUGUUGCAAGAGCAAUACGUUAAUUCAUCCUAUUAUUUAAAAAGGAACGGAGACAAUAUGAAUUUGUUCGAGCCGAGAUGUUCUCGUCCUAUUAUUAGUACUUAGGUACUAUUAUUAACUAAAAUAUUAGGGACCGUAUGCUACAAUUGUUUGUAGUAUGUUAUGUAUUAAUAAUAGUAUUUCCUUAGCAACUGAUCCGUCUAAUACUAUUAUAAAUUCAGUCAAAAUUAUAAUAAAAACGUUGAAAGCUAUUUGCAAUUCACAAAAAAUAUCACCAAUACUAUAUGUAUAAUAAACGUAACUAAUUUUAUCGUAAAAUAAAUGUAACUACCAACAAUGGGCAUUUGUUACCAAAACUAAUGUAAAACAAAGCUAAACAACAAUAAUUAUUAUUGCCAUUCAAAUAAGGUUCUUUUGAAUUGAAAUUAAUCUUUAAUUCAACACUAGGUAAUAAUGGCUGGACACUUUUUGGAUUUCAUUCUAAGUAGUAGUGUAAGUAAAAAUAACUUUUGCAAACAUUGCAAACAUUUUGUUUUAUAAUCUGUGAUGUUUUCAGAUAAGAAUGUGUUUAAGUAAUAUUUUGGUGAUUGUACCUGAUAUUGAAUUAAAUAUCGUUUGUUGA